UAUUUUAUAUCUAGCAGAACCCGCGCCUGCGCUUCUUGAAACGAACUAGGCUUCACCAGACCCCGCUCCAUCCCCGAGACUGCGUCCCCUCCCCUACUGUGUCUACAGUUGCCGAUGUACCAGUCUACCUAAUGGGGGAGUGAUCGAGUAGCCGUGUGGAAGUUGAGGAGUGAACACCGCACAGAUCUUCAGGAACAUUAUUUCAGUUUGCUUGGGAGUGCACAGACUGGAUCUCAGCAAUGGAGAGAAAGCGUCCUGGAAUGCCAUCUGGAGCUAGGAUGCCCCACCAGGGUGCCCCCAUGGGCCCCCCCGGCCCCCCGUACAGUGGGAGCCCUACGGUGCGGCCCGGCCUGCCCACCCCGGUCAUGGAGCCCAGCCGCAAGAGACCUGCCCCCUCCCAGCAGAACCAGCAGCAGCAGAACGUACAGAACCGGGCCAGAAAGAAGCCAGUGGGAUUCCCUGGAGCCAAUGAGAUGCCAGCGAGGCAGAUGGACAUGAGAGAUGCCCAAUCAGAUCCAACGCUCGGAUCAAACGCCAAGAGAAGGAAAAUGGCAGACAAGAUUCUCCCACAGAGGAUCCGUGAGCUGGUCCCUGAGUCACAGGCUUACAUGGACCUGCUUGCCUUCGAACGUAAACUGGACCAGACCAUCAUGCGUAAACGGGUGGACAUCCAGGAAGCCCUGAAGAGACCCAUGAAGCAAAAGCGUAAACUGAGGCUGUACAUCUCCAACACCUUCAACCCUGCCAAGCCCGACGCUGACGACUCGGAUGGCAGUAUUGCAUCAUGGGAGCUGCGGGUUGAGGGGAAGCUACUGGAUGAUCCUGGGAAGCUGAAGAGGAAAUUCUCCUCUUUCUUCAAGAGCCUGGUGAUCGAGCUGGACAAAGACCUAUACGGUCCUGACAACCAUCUUGUAGAGCUGCUGACCAGUAAAGCGAAGCGAUUCAGCCUUCCAAAAGACAACAUACUCAAAGGGUCGAGAGCAAGGCUGCUCGUUGAAAGUUGGCACCGCACUCCCACCACCCAGGAGACGGACGGCUUCCAGGUGAAGCGGCCAGGGGACGUGAGCGUGCGCUGCACACUGCUGCUAAUGCUGGACUACCAGCCCCCCCAGUUUAAACUGGACCCUCGUCUGGCUCGGCUGCUGGGUAUCCACACCCAGACCCGCUCCUGUAUCAUCCAGGCCCUGUGGCAGUAUGUCAAGACCAACAAGCUGCAGGACUCCCAUGACAAGGAGUACAUCAACUGUGACAAGUACUUUCAGCAGAUCUUUGACUGCCCGAGGCUCAAGUUCUCGGAGAUCCCCCAGCGUCUCACCAACCUCCUCCUGCCCCCUGACCCCAUCGUCAUCAACCACGUCAUCAGUGUGGACCCUAAUGACCAGAAGAAGACGGCAUGCUAUGACAUUGACGUGGAGGUGGAGGACCCCCUGAAGAGCCAGAUGAGCAGCUUCCUGCUCUCCACCGCCAACCAGCAGGAGAUCGCCUCAUUGGACAACAAGGUGGGACAACCACACAGGAAGGAUAGCCAAUCACAAUUACCCAAGAUGACCUUAAAGAUCCAUGAGACCAUUGAGUCCAUCAACCAGUUGAAGAUCCAGAGGGACUUUAUGCUCAGCUUCUCCAGGGAUCCUAAAGGCUACAUCCAGGACUGGCUCAAGUCCCAGAGCAGAGACCUGAAGAUGAUGACAGACGUGGUGGGGAACCCAGAGGAGGAGAGGAGGGCGGCGUUUUACCACGAGCCCUGGUCCCAGGAGGCCGUCAGUCGCUAUUUCUACUGCAAGAUCCAGCAGAGGAGACAGGAGCUGGAGCAGGCCUUGGCCGUGAGGAACACCUAAACGCCAUCUCGGACGUCACGCUGCACUCUUCAUCUGACCCCAGACCUGUGUUUGUUAUUUGUUUUGUUGCUUUCUUCACAUUACUGUAGUACUGUGACCCGUGGCCUCUGACCCAUCCCCAAUCGCAUGUAUCUAAAAAAAAAAAAAACUUUAACAAUCUGUUCAUCUCUGAUGGACAUGACCGGGCAUCUCUCUCCACACUCCUGGAAUCCCAGGCCCACAGUUGGUUACUUUUAAUGUCACCCACUAGCAUGUCAGUCUUUCCAUAGAGACUACAAGUCAUUGUACCAGCUGCCUGCAGAAUGAUCACUGUGUCUUGGAUCCUUCUCAUCUCAACCAGAUGGACUGAAUCCAGCAGUACUGUAGAUAAUAGAACGGUCAUAAUGAUCCACUGCAUCUCAUUCAUGAGUCCAAAGUGGCUGUUUGUAACCUAAUGUUUCAAGUGUCUUGACUCACACAUCGUUUGGAUUGUGUCCAUUUGUUUUUAGUGUAUCAUUAGCUGUGUGUGUGUGUGUGUGUGUGUGUGUGUGUGUGUGUGUGUGUGUGUGUGUGUGUGUGUGU